AUGGCUUAUUUUGACGAGACAGAUUAUCCGUCUGGCCCUGUUAUGGCUGACCCUGAUAACGACCGAUUUCGGUUGGGGCGUGAGCUCGCGCGUGACUUCCAGUCCAAUUCGUUCUCUUCGUCUUCUCAUGGUAGUGGUCGUCACAACAACGAUGACAGCGGCACGCUCGAUUCGUUCGACAUUUCAAACGACGCGCAAGGGAUGUCCACUCGCAAAAUCGACAUGCUUCAACAAACACCAACAAUAAACACCCAACUGCUGAACCAAUUUCCCGACUUUUCGAUGGCUGGAAACGAUAUAACCGAAGACAGCAUGGAGGUUGGACGUGGAGCUAACAGAAAUAAUAAUAAUAAAGCCGGAUUAGAUGAUAGCCUUCGGUCAAUCGACUUUUCAUCUCACCAUCCCUUCUCGAUCGGUGGAAGCACUCGAAAGUCGGGUGGGAAACUUUUCUCCAAUGUGCCCGCCGAGCGAAAAAACAGCUCCGGAAGUGCGCACUCAGAUGAGCUUCGAGGCUCAAUUCAAACCGCUGGUAACAAAGGCAAAGAGGUUGAGGCGCGAACAGGCGCGGCCUCGAAUGGGCAGAGACUAGGAAGCAUGAUUAACUUUGAUCUGUCUCAGCUGGACGUUUCGACACCACAAAACAAUAGACGGACGAAGACAAGUGGAGUAAAGGUUGGAGAUUUUGUAUCCAGCAGCAGCGGCGGCUCACAAUCGCGCUUCCCCGGUAUCCAACGAACCCUCGAACGUGACGCUGAAGGAUCCGGUUCCGAUGCCGGCAGCAUUAAACGUCGAGGUGGUUUCGGAAAUGCGCGUUUCGGGGGUUCCCCCAAGCCCCGACAAACUAAGGCAACUACGAAGGAGAAAGGUGUCGCCCGUAUCCCGGAAACAAACGGAAAUGACCUCACAGACGAUCUUCCUGCAAUGAUUGCUAAGAGUCGAAAACAACCAGCAGCGAAAAUCCCCCAGAACUUCAAGUCUACAGAUGCGUUCUUGCAUGAGCUUGGUCUGGAAGGUAACACAACAUCUACGGAUGUAAAAAGUAAGCUUCAACAGCUCAAGAACUAUAAUCCGGGCAAACGAGACAACAUAACUGCGGGAAUUACACAGCAAUCUUUCAUGCUUCCGGAAAUGUCGGACUUGUCAGAGCUUAUCUCUGGUUAUCCUGGAGACGCAACUAGAAUGUCAAUGAAGAGGGGACCGUUCGGCAAUACCAAGGACCAUAGGGCUAUCGACUCUAUCCCAAUACCCCACGAUGAGCGUGCAAUCUUAAUGGCGAUGAGACUUCUCCAGGAGAAAGUCGCGAAGUUGGAAGAAUCUAAGGCAGAGGCUGAACAUCGUUGCAUGAGACUCGAGACUGAGCUCCGAAGGAGUGAGACACGCACUCAAAUGGAACGACAGAAGUCAAGGGCAGUUGGGGAGAAUCUUGAGCGAAAGCGCAGCGGCGAUAGCGCUUUUGGUGGUAGUGAUGAUGGUGAUUCGCAGGAGAGAAUGAGGGAGAAAGCCAAAUUAGAGCUUCAAAUGGAGAAACUCAAACUUGAAAGCGCAGUCAAUAGCCUCCACACACAGCUUGAUAGGUCUACACGAGACCUCGAGACCGCCAAAAUUGCACUGAAGCACAUGCAGGAGGAGCGCAACCACGCUGUCAAUUCUGUGGCAAUGGCAAUCGCUAAUAACGAAGACCUCAAAAACACCAUACUAGAGCUCCAGACAGAAAUUCAGAGACUACGCCAAGAAAUUCUUGAGCAAAGUAAGCUGCUCGGGCUGGAACGUGAGGAAUGGAAAGAGCGAGAAGACCGUCUGAGACGAAAAGCCAAGGUAGCCAAGGAGGCUGCAAUGAACGCAGAGGAUGUGAUGAAUGAGGCCGCAAAGCGCGAUGCGAUCACCGCUGCGGCGGCAGAGAAGGCAGAGAGGGAAGCCGCAAAGGCAGGAAGGAAGGAGCAGCGCGCCAGGGAGAAGGAGGCAGAAAGGGAGGCAGAAAGGGAGCAAGAACGACUUGCAAUGGAGUCACAUGCAAGAAGGCAGAAAGAAGCAGAUGACAAGAGGGAGCAGGAACGGGUUGUUGAGCAGCAAAAGAAACUCGACAACUUGAUCAAACAGCAACUCAGGGAACUUCGCCCAGAUAUUCCUUUCGAGGCAUUAAGAGUCAAUCAGGCAUUAGUGGAAUCUAACAGGCUGCUGGGCAAAGAACGGCCAUUUACUCUGCCCAAAAGAUCAAAAAAUGUGACUAUCGAUAAAGCAGAAGAUAGGGGCGUACUUGGUGGUGUAUCCGUAGAGAGGGACGUUGAGAAAGGGAAGAAUCUUGAAAAAAUGAUUGCUGUAGAUGAUACUGUUAUGUCUAUUUCUCCCGAGGAUAUUAGAAGAAUAGCAAAGAAUAUCAAUGAAGAGAGGAGAAAAAGAAAGGCAGCCGCCGCCAAUGCCAAUACCGCCAUUCUCGAGGUCAUAGCGACAGAGGAUGCCCGAUCCAAGGAGCAAAAACGGCCGAAGUCUAGGACAUCUACUAAGAAGCCAAUAUUGAUAAAAGUUUCGCAUCAAACUGAAUCUGGCGAGCCUUCUGAGCCCGGCAAAGCACCCAAGUUAGUCAGGAUAGAACGAUUUAGUAAGGGCAAAGAGGUCGAGAAACCAAUGGUUUCCCCAAUUAUUUCACCACACCCAGAGCCUUCCAAGGUGCCCCUAUCUGAUCCCGUAUCACAGGCGAAAGCACAGAUACCGGCCAAGAAAACAAGACUCAUCAAGAAAGUGGUUUACUAUUAUGAUGAGGAUUUGACAAUGAAUGUCCCAGUUGAAGAAGAGGUUGAGGAGGAGUAUGAGGAUGAAGGUGUCCUGGCUGAAGAAAUCGCAAAGCAAAACAUGGAGGAAAAUGAGUCGACGUCUGAGUUUGAAGAAGGUUUGAUCAAAAACCCUCUUGCGCCUCCUCCAAUUCCAGCGAAGAUCCCGCUUGAUGCUCCAGAGACACCUGCCGAAGACGUCACUAUUCUCCCGGAACGUGUUCAGAAAGUAGUCAACCGUCUGGCUGCCCACGACCCAGACCAAUGCACUGUUUGCCAUCGCGAGAACAAACUUCGAACUAAAGAAGAAGAACAACGGAAUGCAAACCCACUUGCUGAUAUCGAUAACUCCAUGGCCAUCCCCGCUCCUGUGCUUGAGCUUGCUUCAAAGAAAAAGGCUGCUAUUAAAGCCCAUGAUGGAUAUGAAGAAGAGCCAACUCCAAGACCUUCGCAGGCUCCUCGAAGACAACUUUCAAAAGUUGUUAGGCAGCUUCAAGAUGAGUUCUCUCAUCUCAAACUGAACUACCAAGAAAAGGCGGAUGAAUUUAUGAAUCUGGACCCCACCAUCGGCAAGAAGCGUAGAAAGAUGCUUACCAACGAGAUGAAUGAGCUUGUUGCCGACAUGGACUACAAAUGCGACCAAAUCUACGCCCUCUACGAUGUCAAUGAAGAGUUUGUCAGAGGGUCCGAUUACGAUGAGGAAGAGGACCUUCGAGUCGGCAAUGAUGACGAGCGUGAAUCCGACCGUGGCAGAGCCGAAACGGAUGACGAGGACGAGUACGAUAUGACAGGGUUCACAAUUCCUGAGAUGUCAGCAAUCGAAGAUUCCAGUGAAGCCAGCGAUGAUGAAGAGGAGGGGGCUCGCCGAUAA